AUGGGAUGCUGCGCCUCUUCCCCAUCGCGUGACGAUGAUGACCAACCCCCAAACAAUUUCCAAGACCGAGCCGAAGCUCACACAACCCAAACCCAAACAACCCACGAUGCCGACCCCGACUCCACAGCACAAACAACCCGCCACCGCCGCUCCCAGCGGGCCCCCAACCUCCCACUAGACCAGCACUACAACGAGCCCGUGCGCCCGCACACAUGGAACAGCAAGCGUCGGAUGUGGACGCGCGCCGACCUCGACCGCGAACGCCGCGAGUUCUUCGAGACCCGCGUCACCGGCCGCCUGGAGAUAUGGGCUGCGCUUUCGAGCGCAAUCUCGCUCAUGCAGGCCGGUGACCUCGUUACGGCGCAGGGGAUCGUCGAUGCCAUCGGCGUCACUGUGCCGACGGGCGAUCUCUGUGAAGGGUGCUACGAUGAACAGGGCGUGCUGUACCGCUUGCCGCAGUGUAUCGUUAGUGAUCCGGAGAACAUCGUCGGUGCGGGUGAGGGAAAUGGUGAGCGCCUGGCGGUGAUUUCGCCUGGGUCUGUGAGGGAGGAUGAUUCGGAUGGUAGGUUGGCGACGGAUGAUGCGUCGGGUGAUGAGUUGAUUUCUGCGCAGGCUUUGGAGCGGCGGCGCGAUGAGAAGGGGAAGACUAGUGAGCGGGAUUUGAUCCGCGUGUUCGCACGAUUGAGUGAUCGUGAUGGACAGGAUUUAAUGAUGUUGGUUGGUAAGAGUCAGAGUGUGGGCUUUCUGGCGAGGAAGGUACAUCAGGAAGCAGGGCUUGCGAAUUACCAGCGAGUACGAAUUGCUUACUUGGGUCAUAUGCUGAAAGAGCAUGAGUCACUGGUUAACCAGGGCUGGAAGACUGGGCAUGUUAUCAAUGCAUUGGUGGUUGCGAGGCCGUCUGUAUGA